CGGUGAGAUCGGAAUACUAGCCUGCUGUAGAGUCCAGCUAGACGUUUCUGAAUUAACUACCAUCCCAGAGAUCAGAAAAAGAAGGACAGACACGGAGAGAAAGAGAGAGCAAGGGGAUGUUGUCUUAUCCCUCUGAAUUGCUCCCUCAGAUAGUUUGUCCAAUGGAAGAACCUGCUAUUCCCCCAAACUGUUUCUGUAGUACACCUCCCCACAGUGAACCUCCACCACCUCUCCUCCCCCUUUCCUCCAUCACUCCCAGCUGUGCGAAUAAUGGAAUAUCUGGCCACAGGAGUGGCAGCAUUCAAGAGAUCAGAACACAAACUCCUGAAAAGCAGAGCGAUGCAGACAACGGCGAAGCUCAGAAUCCGUCCCCCACUAAGAGACAAAGGGAGAGUGCAAACAUGGUACAAGUGUCGCAGUCCAAACAGUCAAGUGUUGAAGACGCACAUGCACUUGAGAAACAAAACGAGGAUGGAUUUGAUAUUAGCUUUGCAGCAGAGCACCGUAAUACGCAAAAUAACCAGAACAUCCCAGAGAAGAAACCAAAUGUCUCUGCUGCAGAAAAUGAUGUUGAGCAGUUUGCUGACGAUCCCAUGCAGAAUCUUGACACCAUUAAAUCUGACAUGGAUACAUGCAAGGGAUUGGCUGUUGCUCCAAAAGGAUGGGUGAUCGGCCCCUUGUUGCAGUCAUUCAAGUCGAAGAUGGCCAGUUUCACAGAGAUAGUGAUGAGUCCGGUUAAACUCUUCAGAGCUAAUAGUCCUCCACCAUGCGUGGACCACCCGACCAACUCGAUGAGUGUGAGCUACAGGCUGAUGGAACGUCUGAUGUUGAACACUCGGAGCCAAACGUUAUGUUUGAAGCACAAAGGGAGAAUGGGAAUCAGGAUGCUGAAGCUGAUCAGCAGAGGCUCAGUGAAGUAGAAGGUGAACUAAUCGCAAAAACUGUUGCUCUUAAAUAUUCAAAAAGAUUAUUGUUUGAUGUGGAGUUGCCAACACACGGCUCUGAAGAGGCAGAUGAAUGUGCAAUAACCCAUAACAAAAUAAACUCUCCUGAUUAUGUGCCUUUGCCACACUGUUCCUUACCUGGGAUUGUUUCUGAGGGAGGUUCAGAAUCUGUUGGGUGCUCCACACUGUUGCAGCCCUCUGUAAAUGUAAGUGCCUCAUGUGACUCCAAUUUCAAGAUGUUCGGUGCCAUGGACAACCAGAAAGGCUUUUUGGCCGUCCGGCUGAGACCACUGCCUAGGAAAUGUACAGUAAAUAGAUCUAGCGUAAAGAAAAUUGCCUCUAAGACUUCCACAUCUAAAGUCAAGAAGGAAAAGUCUGAGGCUAGUGAUGAGCAGGUUUCUCACAUGAAUUCAGUCGAAUCAAACAAAGCUGAUUCAGUCUGUUAUGCUCAGACUGACGCCAACUGUCCUCAGUCUGAUGGUGGUGAUGAAGGCAGGAAAAUAGGAAGUUUGGUUGACCAAACUAGCCAGAAUAACUUAAAACAUGGUGCUAAUGGGACACUUAGGCCUUCUUUGGAUACUCAGCAGCUGGAGUGUCAACUAAACCCUGAAACUUAUUCGUGUGCUGUUCUUGGGAGAGCAAAGAGGGGGGUGGAACUGGACUGUGAUUCCCAAGACUUAGUGAAGAGGAAGAGAUUGACAGCAAAUAAAUGUACAAAGGACACAAAAAGACAAGAGUUAUUAAAUGUGGCUUCAGAUGGUGGAAUAUUGAGACGACCAUUAAAUGAAGUUGUGUCGACAAAUCCCAUUGUAGAUAAGGAAGAAACGCUGAAGCCUGCUCGAAAAAGACAGGCUGCUUCAAAAAGAGCAAAUACGAAAGGAAAAGGUGGACAAGAAAUGCAGCUGGUGUUAAACACACGGACUGAAAGUUCCUCUGAUGCGAUGCAUGUUUGCUCACUGGAUGAAAGCAGUGUUGUAUCAGAGAACCACCAAAAGGACGGCAGCUGCAAGGUGAAGCCGCCCAGUGGUCCCUGCAAGAGACUGAAGACAAGGUCGAACAGUAUGGAUGUGGAAACCACCUCUACAAAACAAACCGAGCAGGAACCGUUACCAGAGGUCCUUGUCCGUCCUGCUAUACAAUUGCUCCAAAGCACAAGCCGGCGCAGGAAUAUAAACAACAAACCACUAAAGCGGAAAUCGCCAACCCAAGCGAGUUCAACUACAGAAUCGGACAACGCUUUGGUUUCUACCUCAGCACUAUCAAUGGAGCCAUUAGAACUCAAACCCACAGAUUGUAAUACAGUUCAGGAUGUUCAAGAAGAGAGCUUGAAAAAGGGACUGAACCAGCCGUCCAAGAGACCCAAAAUAGCUUUUAGAGUUUCUGAUAAAUCACCUGCGUCAGGUGGGAUUCAAGAGACAAAGCAGUGUAUCUAUAACCUUCAUUUAAUGACCAAAGAAGACCAGCCUAAAGAAGGCACAGGUAAAAUCUCCGUGGACCCUAUAUAUUUUGAAAUGACACCUUUUGAAAGUGAUCAACAACCCGUUCCUUCCUGCCUCCAACAUCAUUUAGUGUCAUGUAGUGUACAAUUAGAUAAUGAAGUUAAGCAUGUCAUCGAUGGGAAAGAAAGGAGUACUGCUUCUGUGUCGGAUGAGGUCGAAGCCAGUAACCACAGCAGCAUGAGUGUCUCUGGGCUGAGGUCUAGUGCAAGAAGGAUUAACAUUAAGCCAAGGAGAGCAGAUAACCAAAGGAGUAAAUGCAGGGUUUUGCGUAGUUGGACACGUAAAGGUGAGGAGGUGAAGAACUCCAUCACUACAGACGAUGCAGACCAGGCUACAUCGAGUUCACGCUCCUCAGGAAACGCCUUGUCAAGACGCCUGUUGCGCAGCUACUCUUGUCCAGAAAUACCCUCCCUUCGUCCCCAAGAAACGCCCUGGCCUUCUACUCUGCCUUCACCGCAUCACAGCAGGAUGCACACAACACACCAUCACCAGUCUUCCCACACUCCUUCUGUCCAUCAUGCCCUAAAAUCCCUUCGCCGGGCUCGUCGACACACGGUCUGCAGUGUAGAAGUGGAGAGGGAGAUCGCCCCUCUCUGCCUCCGUAAGGAGGUGUACCCGUCCAGGAGAUCUCUCUCGUCUCUGCUGUCUCCGAGUCUUACACUUUCUCCCAGCACUUCCCUCUCAGCUCUUGCUUCCUGUUUCCUCUCAAGCCCCCUGGCUUUCCUUUCUAAGAAAGUCGACAGCAGAGGAGCUGCUGCCAGCCCCAAUACGCCCAGUCAUGUUUCCUCUCCCACCUCCUCUUCUUUUCUAUACCCAUCCAUACCCAUCCAAAGAAUUGAUGACUCUCAAGCUUCGUUGGAGUAUAGUAGCAGUGGGAAAUGUGAGAUUGAGAGCCGACGACAGAGUGAGGAGGAGGAGGAUGACGGCGAGGACACGAGCUCAUCCAGUCAGGAGUUUGAAGAUGUCGGGUUGAGAGAAGAAAAGUCUUUGUCUGAUUCUGAAAUCAAGGUGGUGCAAAAGCGUGAGGAACGAGGGAAGGUGUCGUCUAUUAGAAUUCGGAAAACUUUACCCAAACCUCAGAACAACCUGACACCCAUGGGCCUGCCCAAACCCAUCAGGCUGAAAAAGAAGGAGUUUAGUUUGGAAGAAAUUUACACCAAUAAGAAUUUCAGCAAACCACCUGAAAGCCGACUAGAGACCAUAUUCGAGGUGCCUCUCAAUCGACGAAAUGGAUCAGAGUCCUCAUUUGGCCAGAGGCGAUUCAAACGUUUCUUGGAGUUCUUGGAUGCCGGCGAGGCCCGACGACCAAAGAAGCCUCUUGUUGGUGUUGGAAAGGCAGGAAUUUCCUCUUCCAGGACGAGACGAGGGGGCUUUCCUAAAGACGAGCCGUCCCUCAGUGCGCAGGAUGUGGACUCACUUCUCUGUUCGAAGCUCGAGCAGCUGAAUUUGUGGUUGAUACAUGAUCAGAAAGAAAGGUGACGGAUGCCUCUUAAAAGUCGAUUGUUUGGCAGCCUCAUCAGAUCAUUUUGUUUAUACGACUAUGUCUAAAGUAUUUCCAACAUGAAGAUUCACAUGUGAGUCUUCCAGCCCUUCCCCCCCCCAGCACAACUUGUGUAUGAUUGUUGUGGUGACAAGUUAUUAUUGAAGAAUUAUGUUCUGUAGCAUUUGCAGCCCCGCGAGAAGAACAAUACAUCAUAGCACCAGAAAUGUAUUGCCUCAUAGAAGUUAGUUAUAAACAUAGUGGUUAAAUGCAUUAUACAGCAAGUCACUUUGUUUUUGUCAUUACUUCACUCAAUCCUCCGCCGUCCAUUCUUCCCCCAGCUACGUUCCAUCUGCGAUAAGUGAAACUGUCUUGAAACAACAAAUAGACAUCCUUGAUUGAAACACUUGUACAGUAUCAUAACAUUUUCAGUGUAUCUUCCGUUUUUUUAAGACUUACCCAGAGUUACAAAUCUGCACAAACCUCCCUGGGUGAGUGAGGAUGGUGUUUUGUUCUUUUCUCAAAGUUUCUUUUGCACUAUUGCGUUUAAAAGAAAAGCAUUAUAUCCCAUGAGAAGUCGUGUCCUGGUUAUUUUUGAGUUGAUCCAUAAAGGUAGCUAUUCUUUAAUAAAUGCUGAAUAUAACUUUAAAACAUGCCAGAAAGAGAUUUGUAUUCGCUGCAGCCAAUCUCACAACCAAGGUUCUGUCCAGGAGUUGUAUGUGCAGUCGUGUGCAGCGCUCUGGUUUGUUUUCAUUGUUUUCUUUUGUAAAUUUAUGGCUGAAGAGGUUUUUGUUGUGUAAAAUAUAUAUAUAUAUAUAUAUUAGAAUAGCAAAUGUAUUACUGUGGUUCUCUCUGGAUUGUUAUGUGGUGUCUAUAUUUGUAUUGUAUGUAACUUCUUCAUGAACUGUAUUUUUCUUUGGGGCCAAAUUGUUCUGAGGUUGCCUUAACUGUAAGAUGUACGUCUGGCUUCAAUAGAUGUUUGGUAGGUGUAUUUGUAAUUGUUGUUUUUAUGAGGGCGUGUCACGAAACUCAGAGCACAAGAGUGUUUU